GAGAAGGGUUUUUUUUUUCUUUCAAAUUUCCGUACAGUUCUCAUCAUCUUAUUUGUUCUUCUCCGGACUCUGGAGUGCCCAUAUCAUGUCAUUCGCACGCCUCCUUGGAAACACCGUUCCUUUUUCCGGCUACUUCAGGCAGCUGGAGCAAGAGAUGGAGACUGUAAUUAAGGUACUGCAGCCAGGGCCUUUGGGCAUCGUGGAACACAAGUUCUCAGCUGAAGAGAUACACAAGGCAAAGGCCAUAGUUGAAAGAGCAGUUGAGAAUUGGAGGAGGAAUGCGACUAUGGAGAAGAGAGCUAACAUCUUGAACAAUCACAUUCGUAUAUGAUAGAUUAAUUGUGAUUUUCUUUCAUUUGAUAUUGGACUAGAAUGACAGUUCCUGUUU